GACGAGUACGACGAUUAUCUGAAGUCGCAGGGCCGGUUUCUAUUGAUGGAGGCGGAGGAGGAGUUGGAGCAGGCCAACGCGGAAAUGGAAGAACGGAAGGUACCGCAAGCGAAAGUUCCAGUCAAACCGAAGGAUGGGAAAAAAGAGGCGGGAGCUUCGAUUGUCGGGGAAACCCUCGCGAAUGCUGCGGGGGCGUUGACGAAGUCGCUGACGAAGAGCGAUGUUGC